UGACUCGAACUCUCCUGGGAGAAGCUAACUGGGCAAGCAUGUUUUCAGCUACGCCCUGUGUCACACUCACUAGUGCCACAGUGCACACAUUCACACCUGGGAGCUGCCCAUUAGGAUCACUGGUGCAGCUGGUCGGGGUUAAGCAUUCAUUCAUGAGAAGACUCAACAGCUCAUAGUGAUAGAGCAGAGGAGAAUGGCCAGUAAGAAGAAAGUGAUAGUAACAGGGUUUGAGCCUUUCGGUGAGCAUGCAGUGAACUCCAGCUGGGUGGCAGUGCAGGAACUGGAAAAAUUAGGUCUGGGUGGAGCAGUGGACCUUCAUGUUUGUGAGGUUCCUGUUGAAUACCAAGCUGUUCAGAGCCUGCUGCCAUCUCUGUGGAGCAAACACCAGCCACAGUUGGUGGUCCAUGUCGGGGUCUCUGGCUUAGCCACCACUGUUACUCUGGAGCAGUGCGGACACAACAAGGGCUACAAACGGCGCGACAACUGCUGCUUCAGCCCGACUUCACAGUGCUGCAUGGAGGACGGCCCAGACUGUAUACACUCAGUGCUGGACAUGGAGGCAGUCUGCAAAAGGGUCAACAACACGGGCCUUGGCAUCACUUUUUCUGUAUCCAAGGAUGCAGGAAGGUAUCUGUGCGACUACACCUACUACACCUCUCUGCACCUGGGCCAGGGUCGCUCUGCCUUUAUCCAUGUGCCUCCACUGAGUAAACCGUACAGCAGUCAGGAGCUGGGCAGAGCUCUUCAGGCCGUCGUACAGGAGAUGCUGAAACUUAUGGAAGAAGAUCCCAAACAUGAAGAAGUCUGCAAUCACGCACAUCGACAGCGGCACGACCACUAACAACUGACUCACCACCUGAGAACACUAUGGUGCUCUACACUGUGAUAACAGUGCCAAUAACAAGCCAUCUGUUGUAUCUCAAACAUAUUGAAGAUUUUACAAGGUUUGUGUUUAAAACAGGACCCUGACUACUGCAUCUGUUCCUCAUAGUCACGGUUUAAGUCUUGGCAUGUGUGGGUUUGAAUGUGUGUGCAGGAGUAAAUGCAUCGGUGCUUGUUAGUCACAUCUCUACAUCUCUGCCUCUGAUCUUCCAGAAGAGUGUGAAAACAGAUGUCAUCUUAACAACGAUUCACCUUUUAAUGUUGUAUCAUGUGGAAACAGGGAUUUACGUGUCUAUAUCAACACACUAACAAGGAAACUAAAGGUGAUUGAUGAUGACACUAACCUCUGACUGCUUUCAAGAACUCCUCUUAUAAUGAGUCUCUUAAAUCCUUUAAGUAUGAGUUGAUUGUUGUCCUGUAACUGUCAUUUGUUGUUGUUUAUUGUAUUUGCACUGGAGAUAAAUUACAGUUGAGCAUAUCCUGAAGAAAUUUAAAUAUUUACACAUACAAUUAUUGUGUUCAUCUCAGGGAAUAUAUUGCACAUGCAAUCAAUAGUUAGUAAUGUGAUGAAUUUAAUGUGUCUGUCCUCUGUGUGAAUUGCAGCUUUGCUAAGCUGUGUGUAAUUAAAAAACAAUGUAAUAC